AUGAGAAAAGAUGCCGCUUACGAGUUCUGUGGGAGUAUGAAUAAGUCCCUUCCGAAAGAAAGACUUACAGUUGUUCAUGCUACUUCGAACUUCGUUGCUCGAAACUUCUGGCUUGAUGUGAACUUCACCUUCCCCGAAAUAUCUGUUUCUGACUCUCCUCUGAAAAACGAAGUGGAGAGCAUCCUACAGAGCUUAAAACUCCAGGAAGUUCAAGUUUAUCUAUUGAGAACCCUUAUCGAGAAAUACAAUCUACUUGACGAGAACUUUUUGAACAAAACUUAUACUGUUAUUCGUGAUGUUUCGUCAGUAUUUGCUGCUUUUCCUUCAUUUUACCUUGGAACAAUUGAAGACUUUUCGCCUAAUGCAUCCGACAUACCAUGGUGUCCUGAUCAUCCAAUAAAACCGAUCGGGCUUUCUUACCAAAAUGAAGGACUCCUCCCACUGUUUUCUUACUCAAAAGCUCGAGCAAUCUGUUUUUGA